AUGUCCUUCCAUCCUCAGACCCCGCAGAGUCCCUCGCAAACGUCCCCGAGCAUAAGCGAUCCGUCGACGAGUCUGAACUCGUCCAUGACAUCAACGACCACAACUCUUCCGACACCUGCUCAUUCCGUCACCGGCAGCUGUCUUCCAUCCGAGAUGAACCCUGAUAUCAUCAUGGGCGAUGAUACGCCCCAAAAGCGCAAGCGAGCGCUCGAAGAUGGCGGAGACAGGGAACAUAAGAAGGCCCAUAUAGAGGACCGCAGACUCGGUAUUGAAAACCUGCACAUGGAUGUUGAGCAUGUGUCCUCGUUUCCUCGCAUGUCAGACGAUCUUUUCGAAGCGUUUGGCCUUACAGGUAUCGCCGCCGAAGUUGCCCGCGUCUUGCCCAACGGUGAGAAAAAUGCGAUGCGCAAGACGUACAAGGGUCACAUCAAGAAACUUGGAGUCGCUGGUCAUUUCGACGCUGUCAAGAAAAACCACGAAGACCCGAGCAGCUUAUUAGCAAUGUACUUUGUACCGGCGGAAGAUUGGAUCAACACCGAAGUCCACGGGAAAGACAUCACUGCCGGGCUCUCAAGCGAAGCACUGCAAAAUCUCUCACGUGCGACUACAAUGGCGAGGGGGCCCAUUUCCAAGAAGGACUGGGACACGUCUGUGCUGGGUGAUUUGGACAAAGCUGCCAAGCAGACCUCAUCUGCCAAGGUCACCGCACCAAACACACCUCUUAACCUACCGCCAUUAAACAGACCCAAAGGUUCUCAGCCGCCCCCUGGCGAGGCUGCCCGGAUACGUAGGGUUGGCAAGAAGCGAAGCUACGGUGACAGCAGCUUCGAAGGCUACAGUGAAGCCUUCACGGACGAUGAUCCGGGGGCAGAUGUUGGCUAUUCUACAGGCGAGGGUGAUGGUGGGCAAAAACGAAGGAAAAAGGUGCAUAUCCUCGGUGACGGCCCUUUCAGUCUAAUGCCUGUUGAUACUGACUGUCUGCAGAACCCUGGAACUCCCGCCCAGAACUACCCUUCUGCCGUUCGCCAGCAAAACUACGGGCCCGGCAUGAAUUUUGGCACUAUUGUUCAAGCGACAGCGAAAACACAGCGAGACGACGAUGCUCAGGGAUUUCGUUGUCAACCUCCACAUUUCUCUCUGAGCAAUUACAAGAGAGAAUGCUCCUGA